GUCUGCGGGCGGUCUUCUCUGAGCUCAGCAGUGUCUCCAGGGAGCAGCAGGUGGCGCUGUCAGAGCUCUUUAACAGAGUGACCUUUCUGCAGAGUUUCCUGUUGAUGGAGUCUCACAGUCUGAGCUCCUGCUGCUACAACGCUGCUGCCCUCUGCACCUCCUUUCUAAUCACCUCCACCCAGCGCUCCUCCAGAGCCAGGCUGGCACUGUUGAGUUUGGUGUGUCUAAAUUUCUACCUCGAGAGGAAGAUCUACCAGUUUGUGAUCAACUCUGAUCAUCCAGAACACACACACAUGGAGCUGGUCAGUGUGUAUGUGAGUGUGUUGCGGCGGGCCAUGGUGUGUGUGGGUUUCUGUGUUCUGCUGGCUGUGUGUGUGCGGCACAGAGACCCGGUGCAGCAGAGUCUGCAGGUGCUGCAGCAGCUCAGAGAGACUCAGAGGAGCCUGCAGGAGGCGCUGCAGCACGCAGAGGGUCUGGGGGAGCAACAGAAGAAGAAUCAGUCCGAUGUGAAGAGGAGGUCAGAGAGCAGAAGAAGAGAGGGGACGCCGAGGAGGAGGGAGGAGAAAAUAAGAGAAGAAGAAGAAGAGGAGAGCACGCUGGUUUCUCCAACCACAGAUAGCUCAGACCUGUCUUACCUCUCACUCCCCGAUUGGAGUGUGAACAGUCUCCUCAGCAGCACGUUGAACUGCACGGACGCUGACAUCACUCUGCAGCCAUAUAUUACCCAGAAUGCCUCUGUGCAGGGUUCCAUUACCCAGAAGGCCUCAGUGAGUCCCAGCAGGCGUCCUCGUCGCUCUUCCUCCUCCUCCUCCUCCUCCUCUGCUCUUCUGGUAUACAGCGUGCUGGUGGAGGACAAAAAGCCUGAGGAGCAGAAGAUCAGAGACACACUGAUCUUCUCACCGACUUCAUGUAGGACGUUUAACAUUUUUAACACAAAAGUUUUUCAAUAAACAGAUUUUUAUAAAUUAAAUAGAA